CUCCCUCUCAGACACACAGAGAAAACGCUCGGGAAGUGUCUGCGUGCACCCCUGGAGCGCCGCGCCGGGCGUGGGACAGCUGAAGGGAGGGGAGGGCUGCGGGACCAGGCUGAGGGAGAACAGGUGGCGGGGGGCGGCUGACGUGUAGGUGUGCAGGGCGAGGGGACAGCUGGGUGGGGCGGGGACCCAGCCUGGCCAGGGUCAGGUGGGAGCUGGGAGGAUGCACCUGAGAAGAAGGGCGGUUCCUUGGGAUCAAAGGGAAAAGGAGCUGCCAGUCCCACAGCGUGAGCUCCCGAGGAAGGAGGGCGGUGCUCCAAACUCUCACUUCUCUCGCAAAAGAAAGACCAUCGCAGCCCUUGCACCUAGUGGAGAUGUACAUUUGCACCCCAGGGAGAAAAAUUUUUAAAACCCACAGUAUCGUCAGGAGAGUCAUCUCUGCACAACAGUCUCUCUGCUUUUUCAAGGUGUCUCGGGGCGACAGGUGAGAGCCUAUGCUCUUCAGUGGCACUUGGGGACCGGCUGGCUGUGCCCGGCAGCUGGCUUAGCUUCCGCAGUUCCAGGUGAACCGUCCUGCCCGCGCCUGGGCGUGGUCGGGGGCGGGACCCGGUUUAGCCCCGCCCACAGAGGGCCCUGCCGCGCCGCUGCGGCUCCGCCCCCCUCCUUCCGUCAUCCGCUUCUUCCGUCGGUGGUUUCUUCCUUCCUGCCUUGUCCCGCACCUUUCGCGACAUGGGGAAGAGCUUCCAUUUCGCCAGCGCCACCUGAGGAUUUCCUGGAGCCGCCACCCCCACCUCCCGCGAUGGAAGACGAUCAGGAGCUGGAGAGGAAAGCCAUAGAGGAAUUGCUAAAGGAGGCAAAGCGUGGGAAAACCAGAGCGGAGACAAUGGGGCCGAUGGGCUGGAUGAAGUGUCCUCUUGCUGGUACAAAUAAAAGAUUCCUAAUUAACACAAUUAAGAACACACUGCCCUCCCAUAAAGAGCAAGACCAUGAACAAAAAGAGGGCAGUAAGGAGCCUGGCAAAAGCCAAGACCAGAAGGAAGCAAGUGGGAAGAAGUACCGAAGUCACUCGUACAAGCGCAGCCUUCACUCGUCCCGGGGCUCCGCAGGCUGCUCUCCUCCACGGAAGCGGACCUCCCGGACCUCCCGGGACAAGUGCGACCCACGGCCCAGCAGGCGAUGAGACAGCCGCAGGGCUAGCCCAGCCCAGCACUGCACCUGCCACUGAGUGAAGCAAGGAAGACAGGGAGGUUGGCCGGCUGGCACCUGAGAGUGACUUUCUCAGUGGGUCCUUUGUUUUAAGGAGGCUGUUGGUACUGUGUGGUUGUUCUUGUUGCUGUUGUUGUUGUUGUUAACGGGAGAAGAAAACUUUACUAAAACAAAUCUUAACUACCUUAUCCUGAAGGUGUCGCGGUGAGAGCAAGCUGACUCGGCAUGGCCCCCGCAUAUCCGUGGUGUCUUUAUCCUACCUUACUUGGAAGUUCGUUUCAAAACAGGCAGUUUUAGAAUUUGAGAUUUUGAGAUUGUUUAAAAACUCCUAGUUUUUUGAUGUACUGCUCUUUUGUGGUCAUUUCCCAGAAUUUCUCAAAAAAAUCAAUAAAAUACUUAGAAACGCG